AUGAUGAAUCUAUCAGUUGAAAAUUCUAGCAGUCUUCGCCACAUGAUCGAACCAGAGGCCUUUUGCCAGCGCAUUCAAAAUGAUCUCAGUGAUAAGAUACGCCUCAACACAGCCUUCAUCAUUUCUGCUCUGAAUCUGCCCCUAUGGAUUUUCAUCUUGUCCGAAAACUCUGUCAUCCUUUUGGCCCUUAACAGGGACACUUCUCUUCAUCCGCCAUCAAAGCUUCUUUUUCGGAACUUGGCGUUUACAGAUCUCUGUGUUGCACUAAUCACUCAGCCCUCCUACAUUCUACAUAAUAUGGUUAUCGCUUACGAACGCUGGGACAUUUGCCCUUUAACACAAAAAUUAAGUCAUAUCACCACGUAUUUAUUAUGCGGCGUGUCUCUCAUGACUGUGUGUGCUAUAAGCGUGGACAGGCUUCUCGCUUUGCUGAUGGGUACGAGAUAUCGACAAGUGGUUACCCUAACACGGGUUCGUAUUUCGCUGCUGUUCGUUUGGAUUUUCUGUUUAUCUACGAGCAUAACACUCCUGUUGAACUUCAGUGUUCGCAUAUACUCUGUCAUCAGCGCCAUUUGCAUCGCUCUUUGGUUGGGAACAUCAACGUUUUGUUACGCGAAAAUUUUCGUCAUUCUCCGAGGUCAUCAGAAAAAGAUAUGCGGUAAUCGAGACCAAGAUAGCAACAAAAAUAGAUCAUCAGUUACGCGUUCUUCGAUAAACUUAAAGCAAUACAGAAGAUCAGUCUCGACAGCUCUAUGGAUAAACUUCACUUUAAUAACAUGUUACUCUCCUACUGCAAUAGUUCUUGUAUUUAGAUCUGUGCCCUCGAUUCCAUUUUCAGCCUUAAUCGUUUCUUUUGGAGCUGCCCCUUCAUUUGUCUACCUAAACUCACUUUUGAAUCCUAUUCUUUACUGCUGGAGAAUCAAGGAACUCAGAGAGGAGGUGAAAAAAAUCAUUUCACCCCCAUGAUCGCAACAUGAUUCCGCUGCCUGGCAUAUGUUGAUUAGAUUGCAAGUAAUGGUUGGUUUCAAAUCAAGAAAAGCUGUCUUCCGGUUGAUAUUUUCCAAUGUUUUCAUCACUUUCCUGCUUAAUAAGGGGAAAUUACUUCUCCGAAACUCAAAGGGUUUAUGAAGAGAAAAAAAGAACAAGGUUUCUUUCUCUUAAAUGCUUAAUUUAGGUUUAAAAUUUGUGUCUUUGGGCGAUAUUAAUUUCUACUUUACAGUGUAAUUAUCUGUAAAAGCAAGCAAAGGACUGAGCAAGACGAAAGGUUCCGUUAAGUGUUACAUAACCCUUGCAAGACAUUAUCAAAAAGGGCGUGGAAAACUCUGUAAAGAAUAAUUAGCAGGUGAUAGGUAGCCUCGUGUAUUUAUUAUUAGUUCCCAAGCCAUAUGCGCGAACUUUUGAGCACCUGUUCCAAUAUUAACUGUGCGGGAAAUCAAAGUGGAACAUGUCUUCUAGAACAUAAUAUUUUAAUGAAUUGCUUCUUUUGACGAAUUUUCAAAGUAACGGAAACACUUCCAAUAUAACGGUAAGCCAUAAUAAGUCACAGAACGAGUAUGUAUUUUUAAAUAUAGAAAAUAGAUGGAUUAUCAUUA